AUGCAGGCACCAAAAGUUCAUAAGAAUGUGCAGUACUCAAAAAAGAACCGCAAUAGUAAUUUAAAUGGCAAUGAAGGAGAGAGUAACAUUGGUUCGGAUGGACAGAGUUCUAGCACCUUUAGUUCAGACAAUGACAAUGUUUCUCAGGACACCAAUGGGGUGGCAACCUCAGAUUCCAAGGCUUCUCUAGUUCUUAACUUGAAUGGAAAGACAAGAGCCAGUAGAGGGUCAGCAACUGAUCCCCAGAGCCUCUAUGCAAGGAAAAGAAGAGAGAGGAUUAACGAGAGAUUGAGAAUUUUACAGAAACUUGUCCCCAAUGGAACAAAGGUUGAUAUCAGCACAAUGCUUGAAGAGGCUGUUCAUUAUGUGAAGUUCUUGCAGCUCCAAAUCAAGCUUUUGAGCUCUGAUGAUCUAUGGAUGUAUGCUCCCAUUGCUUACAAUGGCAUUGAUAUCGGUCUGGACAAGAAGAUCUCCACACUUCUAUGA